UUGUUCUUAAAACAUUCAUUCGUUCUUUUUGGGUGGGUGGAUGGUGGAUGUUGUUUAUUUUGUUUAUUACAGUUAUUUAUAGACAUUGUACUUACUGUCCGCGUAAGGAGCGACUCGGGGGGCGCUAUGGAGGAGCGCCCUGAGCUGGAGCGCGCCGAGGUGGAGCACCGCGACGAGCUGGACCGCCCGGACGCCGUUGCGCCGCCCGACCCGCUAGGCGCCGAAGCGGAGCAGGGCGCCGAGAUGGCGGCGGAGCACGCGGCCGAGCAGGUGGCCGAGGCGGAGGCGGGCGCGGGCGGCGACGCGGGCGCCAGCGAGGCCGAGGCGCGCUACGCGCUGGCGCGCUGCGCCUCGCAGUCGUCGUUGGACGAGUGCUCGCAGCGGCCGCAGCCGCAGGAGCCCGCUGCGCCGGCGCACGCGGCGCGCCUGCUGGACGCGCUGGCGCGCCUGCGCCGCGCCGCCACGCUGUGCGACGUGCGCCUGCUGGCCGGCGACGCCGCCGACGCCGCGGGCGGCGCCGACGCCGACGCCGACCGCGACGCCGGCGUGUGGGCGCACCGCGCCGUGCUGGCCGCCAGCUCGCCCUACUUCCGCGCCAUGUUCACGCAGUUCGAAGAGCGCACGCGCGAGACGGUGCGCAUCCGUGGCGUGGAGCCGGCGGCGCUCGAGGCGAUCGUGGCGUACGUGUACGAGCCGGAGGCGCUGUGCGUGACGGAGGGCUCGGUGCAGGCGCUGCUGGCGGCCGCGUCGCUGCUGCAGGUGGGCGGCGUGCGGGCCGCGUGCUGCGCCUUCCUGGCGGCCGCGCUGGCGCCGGACAACGCGCUCGGCAUCCGCGCCUUCGCCGAGCUGCACGCCUGCGAGGACCUGGCCCGGCUGGCGCGCGGCUACCUUGAGACGCACUUCGUGGAGGUGGUGGAGGGCGACGAGUUCCUGGCGCUGGACGCGGACGCGCUCGCCAGCCUGCUGGAAUCGGACCGGCUGGUGGUACCGAGCGAGGAGGUGGUGCUGGAGGCGGUGCUGCGCUGGGUGGCGCACGCGGCCGAAGCGCGGCGCGCGGCGCUGGGCGCUGUGCUGGAGCGGGUGCGGCUGCCGCUGGUGGCGCAGGAGACGCUGGUGGCUCGGGCGCAGGCCGAGCCGCUGGCCAGCGCGGGGCUGCGCGUCAAGGAUCUGGUGAUCGAGGCGCUGGCCUUCCACCUGGCGCGGGGCCCGCGGCGGGCGGCGGCGGCGGCGGCGUGUCCCAGGGCACGGCCGCGGGCCCCGGCGCGGGCCCCGGCCGAACUGCUGGUGGUGGGCGGACAGGCGCCCAAGGCCAUCCGCGACGUGGAGGCCUGCUCGCUGGAGCGGGCCCGCUGGCGGCCCGCGGCCGAGCUGCCGUCGCGCCGCUGCCGCGCGGGGCUGGCGCAGCUGGAGGGCCGCGUGUACGCCGUGGGCGGCUUCAACGGCACGUUGCGCGUGCGCAGCGUGGACGUGUACGACGUGGCGCGCGACUCGUGGGCCGCGGGGCCGGCGCUGGCUGCGCGCCGCUCCACGCUGGGCGUCGCCGUCAUCGGCACCCGCAUCUACGCCGUCGGCGGGUUCGACGGCGCGACGGGGCUGAGCUCGGGCGAGGUGCUGGAGACGCGCGAGGCGGCGGGCGUGUGGCGGCCCAUCGCCGGCAUGAGCACGCGGCGCUCGUCCGUGGGCGUGGGCGUGCUGGGCGGGCGGCUGUACGCCGUGGGCGGCUACGACGGCGCGUCGCGGCAGUGCCUGGCGUCGGUGGAGCGCUACGAGCCCGGCGCCGACCGCUGGGAGCGCGUGGCCGACAUGGCCGCGCGGCGCUCGGGCGCCGGCGUGGGCGUGCUGGGCGACGCGCUGUACGCCGUGGGCGGCCACGACGGGCCCGCCGUGCGGCGCUCCGUGGAGCGCUACCGCGAGGGCGAGGGCUGGACGCCGGCCGCGCCCAUGGCCACGGCGCGGCGCAACGCCGGCGUGGUGGCGCACGCGGGCAAGCUGUACGUGGUGGGCGGCGACGACGGCGCCGCCAACCUGGCCACCGUGGAGGUGUACGACCCCGCGGCCGACGCCUGGGCGCCGCUGCCCGCCGCCAUGGCCGUGGGCCGCUCCUACGCCGGCGUGUGCGUGGUGGCGCGGCCGCAGCCGCCCUGACGGGCCGCGCCCCCCGCGCCCCCCGCGCCGCGCCCGCCCGCCGACCUCGAGCCGGGGUCAGUACUUACUUAAGUACUUCGUUGUUACAUGGACUGGGGACGGCUAGCUCCACCGUCGGACGGUCAGAGGUCGGUGUGAAAUCAACCUCGUAAAGAUAAACAAUGUUGUAAUUAUAGGUACGCGAACGUCAGCGGCCCCGGCGGCGCGGUGGCGUGCGGCGCGUGCGCGGGCGCGGGG